CUUGUCUCCGUGUCUCUGAAGUCAGUUGAGACGUUUCAGGAUUACCUCUGACAGAAACGCUGAAAAGCUUCAAAGCCAAGACAUUUUCUUGAAACAGCUGGAUCAUGAGCAGUUCUGAUAACAUGUUGAAGUCCAGACUCAACGCAAUGCAGAGCCACUUCACCUGGGAUCUGAAAUCCAGCCGGCAAAACCUGAUCUACCUGAGGAACCAACUGGACAACAUCGGUACCGAUUAGGGAAACGUCUGGCUGGGUCACAUCUACAACCUGCGGGGCUUCGUCCAGUACCAGCUGGGCUCUAGUAAAGACGCCCUGGACCUCUUCAACCGGGCCGCUGAGACCUUCCAGAGGCAGAGAAACGCUGUUGAAGGUCCCUGGCUGAUGGUGAACUUUGGGAAUCGGGCCUGGCUGCACCAUCACCUGGGAGAAGAUGAGAGGAGUGAAGACUUCCUGUCAAAGGUCGACGGUCUGAUGAGCAAAUACCCGGCUCCACCUGAGGUAGAGCGCCACCCAGAGGUCUUGGCUGAGAAGGCCUGGACCCUGAUGAUGUUUGAUAGAGAGAAGCAGCAGCAGGCUGCAGAGCUCUUCCAGAGAGCCAUCCGGAUGCAGCCGGACACCGUGGAGUGGCAGAGCAGCUACGCCAUACUAUCAGCACAAAAUCUAGAAGAAAGCAUAAAGAAGCUGUUCGCUGAGCGGCUGGAGACGCUGAGAUCAGCCAAAGAACAAGUUCCAGAGAACUUAUGCAUCGCUGCUCUUUAUCUGGAGGCCAAAGCUGCUUCAAUUAAGCGUGAAGCAAGAGAGUUAGCUGAAAAGAUCCUAGAGCGGCCGAUGAACAACUACUGUGGCAUCGAUCCACUACUGACUCUUUACGUAAAACACAUCUCAGUAGAUGAAGCUGUUGAAAUAGCCAAGGAGGCCCUGAGGAGACAUCCUGACUCACGAUUCGUAAAAAGGUCGGCUGCAAGCUACACUAAGAAGAUUCAGCGCAGCAAACCUGACCCCAGAAGGAUCAGAGAAGCAAUCAGUCUGUGGGAAGAAGUGGUUGCUGCUUAUCCUGAAUCCUCUCUUGAAGAAACAUUAACUCUUGCAGAUUUUCAUGCAAACCUAGACAAAGAGAGAGCUGAGCAGAUUUACCAAGAGCUGCUGGAAAGAGAAGAUCUGGAUCCAGCAGGAAAACAGAUGCUUUACAACUAUUACGCCAAACAUUUAUACUUUCAGAAAGAUGACAGAUGCAAAUCUAUUAAGUACCACAUGAUGGCAGCAGAGAUCCAGGAAGAGUCCAAAUAUCGACAUGCCAGCAUCACAGAGCUGAAGAAGAUCCUGAAGAGAAACCAAGAUCCUGAAAUGUGCCGAGAAAUUAAGGAGUUUUUGGAAAAAGUGAACAUUCAGCUGUCAAUCAAACAGUCAGGAUUAGUUUGAAUGUUUCAGUUCCAUCACAUUACUGGGAUGUAAAUAUUAGUUUUAUGAAGCAGGUAAAGUUUUGCUCUGUUCUGCUCAGCUGGAGCCAAACAUCUCUGCUCAUCCUGAGUCCUCCUUUAAGACACUUUAACUCUAGCGGAGCUGCAGGGCGGAGCUGCUGGGCGGAGCUGCUGGGCGGAGCUGCUGGGCGGAGCUGCUGGGCGGAGCUGCUGGGCGGAGCUGCUGGGCGGAGCUGCAGGCAAUAACGGUUUAUUCUAAUAACAAAAAAUAUAAUCUCACACUUAUGAUUUUAUUUAGAAAUUAGCUUUAGAUGACUGUGUGUUAUACUGUUUAAUGUGGUAAAAAGGAGCCUGAUGAGUGUUUGUCUCCAAAUGAAACUAAAACAACUGCAGACAUUUAUUUGUUCAAAUCACAAGUUUUAUGUUGAGAUAUUAACCUGCAGCUCAGACAUGUCAGGCAACAAUUAGCUGUGCUAAAGCUCUUAUUCUGGAAAGACUUUCCACUUGCAAUGAGCUAAUAGUUCAUUUUUCUUUUAGCACGUUAGCAGGAUAGCAUCAAGGCGCUUUGUGUUUAUGUCCACAGCCUGAUA